AACUUCGCGAACGAAGGAGAAAAAAAGACGAAGCGCAACAACGCUCGACAACAUCUCAAUUCUUCCCGUUUUCCAGCUCGGUCAGCUUCACAGGCGGAGUCAAGAUGCUCUACAUACACUCCCAGGAGACUCUGCAGAUCCCAGAAAAUGUGAACCUGCACAUUCGAUCUCGAAUCGUCACGGUUGAGGGACCUCGAGGAAAACUGGUCAAGGACCUCUCCCACCUUUCGGUCUGCUUCAGCCGCCCCAAGAAGGACACCAUUGCCAUCGAGGUUCACCAUGGAGGGCGCAAGGCUGUUGCCACCCUCCGCACCGUCAGGACCAUCAUCAACAACCUGAUCAUCGGCGUCACUCGUGGCUUCAAGUACAAGAUGCGCUACGUCUACGCCCAUUUCCCCAUCAAUGUGAACAUUGAGACCGGCAAGGAGAGCGGCGCUGUCGAGCUUGAGAUCCGUAACUUCUUGGGCGAGAAGGUUGUUCGUCGUGUUGUCUGCCAGAAGGGUGUUGACGUUGUUGCUUCCACCAACGUCAAGGAUGAGAUCGUUCUGUCCGGAAACUCCAUCGAGGACGUAUCACAGAGUGCUGCCGAUAUACAACAGAUAUGCCGUGUCAGAAAUAAGGAUAUCCGAAAGUUCCUUGACGGAAUAUACGUCUCAGAGAAGGGAAACAUCGUCGAAGAGUAAUUCAU